AAAAUAUAUUAUGUAAAUCUUAUGGAAGGAUAGUUAUUUCUAAUGUAUCAAUUGAACCAAACAUAUUAUCUGAGUCUUCUGUAAUGAUUAAUAUAUUACGUAAAGCUUACAGAGAGAUAGUCACUUCUAUGUAUAAAAUAAACGAACAAAUAAUAUAAGUCUUUCGUGAUAUAAUUUUGAACACAAUUUUCUCUAUUAUUUACAAAACUGUCGACGGUAUCAUAAAUUUGCAUUGCGCAAAGACUGAGAAAGUCAAUUAUUUUUUAUUAUUGUAAUAAAAUGUGAUACUUUUUAUAAUUUAAUUCUCUCUGAGUCUUCCAUGAUAUAAUUUUGAACACAAUUUUCUCUAUUAUUAACUAAAAUGUCGACGGUAUCAUAAAUUUACAUUACGCAAAGGCUCAUAAAGUCAAUUAUUUUUAAUGAUAUUGUAAUCAAAUGCUAUUUUUUAUCUUAAUUCUUUAAUUAUCAACUAAACUUCGUUCUAUUAUUAUUUAUUUUCUUAUCAAAUUGCAUUACGAAAAGGUUCUGUUAGAUAAGUUCACUUUGACACAAUAGUUCAAUCAAAUGUGAUUAUAUUGUGUAACUUGAUUUUAUUAUUGGACAACAAAUUACAGAAGAUUUGUAUAACUUUUUUUUAAACAGAAGAUUUGUAUUAGACAUGUCAUUUAUUAUUAAUGAAACUGUUGAUUAUCUUAUCAAUUUGCAUUAGACAAAGGUUCCAUAAAAGUCAGUUAUUUUUUCGUGUCCAUUUAAUCAAAGAUACUUUCCAUAACUUAAUAAGUUUAUUAUGAUCUAUAAUAUUCAUCACAUCAUUAACUUGCAUUAUGCGAAGGUUUCAUAAGACAAGUUAACUUUUACAUAAUAAUUUAAGAAGUGAUAUUUUCAUAGCUUGAUUUUAUAUUAGUAGACCACACAUUCUGAAAAAUUUACAUAACACCGUUCUAUAAAUAUUAAACUAAAAGUAUAUUGCCUAAAUCUUAUGGAAUGACAGUUUAUUUCUUAUGUAUCAAUUAAACUAAGUGUAUUAUGUAAGUAUUUUCUAAUGAUUAAGAUCUUACGUAACACUUAUGGAGGGAUAGUCACUUCUAAUAUAGAAACUAAACAAAUAGAUAACGUAUGUCUUCCAUGAUAUAAUUUUGAACAAAAUUUCUCUAUUAUUAAGUAAACUGUUGAUUGUAUCAUAAAUUUUUAUUACGGAAAGGCUCUGAAAAUCAAUUAUUUUUAAUGAUAUUUUAAUCUAAUGUGAUACUGUUACAACUUAAUUAUUCUAUUAUUAAUUAUAUUUUGUAACUUGAUUUUACUAGACAACACAUUACGAAAUAUCUUCAUAACAUAGUUCUAUAAUAGUUAUGUAAAAUUUAUUAAAAUUGUACAUAGAGGUGAUGGAGAUAUGUGUCCUAAUUAUUCGAUUUCAAACUAAAUUAUUAAAUUAAAUUUUAAAUAUGCUUAGUUAAUCACCGCAGCCAAGCGGGGUCAAAAAACUAGUAAAAUUAACGAGAGAAAGACAAGGCAGGUUCACGAGCUUAGCUUUCCGGUAGUAGAUGGAAUCAUAAUUGAUACAUACUACAGGGUAGGUGAAAACACUACCGACAAAACACACUAGAGCCCCACCCACUAAUAAUGAGACCGGACCACUAUUGAAAGGCAAGCAGAUCCAUCUCUCUUUCAUUCCAAAACAAAACCCCAUGAGCAAGAUGAAUCCCUCCGCAGUUUGGCUGGCGGCUGCAGCAGCGCUCGCCCUCCUUCUCUGCACAGCCAACCUCCCUCCGCGAUGUGGAGCUAGCACCAUCGAUGCUCUGGCUGCCACCCAGUUACUGGCUUCCGCCGCAUCUGCCGGCGGCGCCAUUGAUGACGAUGAGUUCCUGAUGGAGUCAGGGAGCAGCAGCCAGUCGCUGAGGAUGUUGCAGGCGGGAAGCCAGAACGUGUAUAACUCCAUCACCCGUAACCAGCCGGCUUACAAUUGCGGCCAGAAUCGGUACUACUGCCUCGACAACGCCCGAGACCGGAAGCUCUAUUGUGAUCCCAAAAGCCGCGAUCCGGCCUGCCACCCUUGAAUCUUCCUGUCUUUUUUUCUUACAGUGUUAACCUGCAUUUCGUUAAUCACUACUGUCAAUUGAUUGUUCCAGCUCUGCUCUGUUCCUCCUCUGUUUUUUGUGGGUUUUGUUUUACUUUAAUUUUUAUGUGUCUUUUGUUCAGUGAUUGAACUCCAAUCACUCGCACGGAUUGAUUGAUCCAGCUCUCAGCUACUAUAUAUAUAUUUGGAAUCAAUGUGAGCUCGAUCGAUGUUGUUGCUAUGAUUGUUUGAGCCAUCAUUGGGUGACCCGCUUAACUCUGGGAGGUAUGAUUCCUUCUGCCUAGCUUGUUCCCUUGCAUAUCUAAGCCUCCCUGCAAACUCCAUUAUGUUCGUUUGUAUGUAUAGAGAAUGUACCACUGAUGAGCUCAAAAUUCAUGGUUGUCCACUGUCACCAGUUGACUGUAUCUUUCUGAGGAAUUUCUGGAUGAGUUCACCCUACUCAACUGCUCAACCCUCAUCACCACCUUCAUCAUCAUAUAAAGACACACAAGAUCAUUAAUUAGAUGUGUUUUUUCCUAAACUUGGAUUGGGGUUCGAGUAUUUCCUUUGGUAUUGUGCUUUUUUUUUUUUGGUAGUAAAACGGAGCGCUAAGGGCACCCCAACCUUUAAUUAAUAGUAACCAUGCGAGGGGUCUGAACCCCAAUCGUAUCAAAGUACAGUAAAUGACUCAAACGCGAACAUGGGAGUUCGAUGAUGUGAUCGUCAGGCGGUAGCCCAUGCCCUAAGGAUGCAAGAUAGUCUGCAACCACAUUUCCUUCCCUGAACACAUGUUGCGGGUCGACUUCCCAAUCACGGCCUAAGAGUCCACGAACUUGAUUUAUAAGUGUGAAAUGAGGAUGGCAGUUUCUUGCCUCCUUAAUCAACUGAAUGAUCACCAUAGAAUCCACUUGUGCCACCACUUUUCUAUACCCCAAUCUCCAUGCUGUAUGCAGGCCGUACACCACCCCCGCUAGCUCCGCUCUCGUCACAGUUCCUCCUCCCAAGUUCCUAGAGAAUGCCAUAAUAAACCUUCCGUCCUGAUCGCGGAUCACCCCCCAGCUGCUACAUUCCCCGCCACCACCGAGCCAUCCGAAUUUAAACUCAUCCACCCCGCAGGCGGAGCCCUCCAGCCGACCAACACUUCAGCACUGGUUCCCGUAGCUAGCCCAAUCCUAGAGAGUUUUUCGGCAGCCUCUUGGAUCUGGUAUUGUGCUUUAAGUAAUGGAAUAUAUGCUUCAGGCGCGCGAGGAACACUGGUCAGAAGAUAGAAAAUUAGAAAAGAAUGAUGAUCUCUGUUAUAGGAUUCGCGUCGAUCUUCUUGGUGGUGGAUGCAGCAUGAUAAAGGAAUCAGUUGAUGUUCUGGACACUGAAUAAUAUCAAAAUAAACAAAGGCAAGUAUCUUAUAACCAGUGGCGGAUACAUGGGUUUUUAGGGGUGUCCCGGGACACCCCUAAAAUUUGGAAAAACGAUUAUCUAACUCUCGGUAGUAGUUUUAUAUGGAUAAAAAAAAUUAUAAUUGGUAAUCCGAGACACCCUUAAAUUUUGAAAAACGAUUAUCCUGUCAUCGGUAGUAGUUUGCGUAUGAUUAAAAAUAUAUAAGUAGUACUCUCUGUUAUUCAAACCUAGGACACUACUAUUAUUAAACAUAUUCUCUAGGUUGCAACUCAUUUGUUGUUUUAUUUUAAACACUAUGUUAUAGUAAUAACACUAUUCUUUAUUCCCAAUUAUUUUCAAAACCUAACAAUUAAACUCAUUCGAGCUAUCCUUAAUUUGAAUUGAUUUUAUAGGUAUAGUGCAAGAGUUGAAAGAGUCUUUCAAGAUUGAGUUACAUCAGGAACAAUGUUAGAAAUUGAAUAUGCGAUCAGUUCGAGAAUUAUUGUCUAAUAUGGUAUAUUUGCACUAAUCAGAUAUUUUUUUUAUAUAUGAAUUAUUUAAUUUAAUUUUUAAUUAAAUUUAAUUUUUGGA